CAAAACAAAUCCUUCGAAGCAUUCAUAAUCAUCCAAAACUCCACCAUGGAAUCUGUCAAAGAAAUCCCCAUGAGUAGCCAAACCCCACCACCAAAAUACAUCUAUGAAGACCACCAUGACCAUCCUGCUCUUCUUCCAAUGAUAGACCUUCCCAUCAUCGAUAUCAGCCAACUCACUACUGCAGAAGCAGAUCAGAACCUCCGAUCAGCUCUAAGCGAAUACGGUUGCAUCAUGAUAACAAACCAUGGAGUGGAGAGCUGGUUGCUGGAGAAAGUGGGGAUGGUGUUCAAGCAAUUCGUGGCUCUACCAGAAGAAGAGAAGCUGAAAUGCAAGAGGGAAGCUUUUCAAGGCUUUGGAGCUGACCCUGCCCUAGCUGGAGAUCUGCUUCCUGUUGAUUGGUCUGCUAGAUUGGUCCUCAACGUGCUCCCCCAAGAGUUUAGAGAACUCAAGUAUUGGCCUGAGAAUCCACCAGAGUUCAGGGAAGUUGUGGAUGAAUACGGGAGCAAGAUGGUAACAGUCCAUGAAGUCAUCCUGAAGGCACUGGCCAGGUCACUAAACCUGAAAGAAACCACCUUUCUGGACAAGAUUGGAGAGCCAUGGAUACUGUAUGCAAGGUUCAACUUCUACCCUCCAUGCCCGAUGCCGGAUCUCGUCUUUGGCCUCAAGCCGCACUGCGACGCGACGGUCCUGACGGUUCUCCUGCAGGACAAGGAAGUUCAUGGCCUGCAGAUUGAGAAAGAUGGCCAGUGGUUCAGAGUUCCCAUCGUUCCAGGUGCCCUUGUUAUCAACGUUGGAGAACAACUUGAGAUACUGAGCAAUGGAGAGUUCAAGAGCUCGCACCAUAGGGCAACGGUGGAUUCCGAAAGACAGAGGACUUCUAUGGCUAUGAUCUGUCUGCCUAACCCGGAAGUGGAAGUUGGACCAGUUGAAGAGCUGGUGAGUGAAGAGAGGCCAUUGCUGUUCAGGAAGGUGAAAUAUGAAGAAAGUCUGCAGCUCCGUUACUAUCAGACUGGGAAGAGAAUCAUUGAUGAUGCAAGAAUUUGAAUGAAAUUUUCCAGGCUUUUUCAAAUUACCCUGCUCUGUGUUUUUCAGUUUCUGCAAUCUCAAUUAUGUUCUGGCAUGAUCCAUUUGUAGAAGAAAAUGAAAACUUUUCUGUUUCAAGGCAAAAUCUGAUCUCAGGUAGGGUCUAACUCAUCUUUUGAAAGUCAGAAUGAAUGAACGAACGCAACGAACAAUAUUACAUCUGAAACCGAAGAAUUCGAUGCAGUCCUCCGCAAAUCAGCUGAUCUCGAACGACGUCGUGCAAACGAUCAUCGUCCACGCGAAGACAUCUCUCUGGGGCAUUUCAUCGAGCACCUUGACGGACAAACCAGUGCUCUCAAAAUCAAAGAAAACUCUAACAAGUAGAGCUGCAGGCUUUGAGCAAGGACGAAACUGUUUCACUGUCAUUGGGAACGGGGUCUCAUCAGUAACGACAAGAAAAACAACUCACCUUG